CCCGGCAAUUCUAUUGGCUAUGAUAAUACAACCGCAGCCAAUAGCGUGCUUCAGUUGGGGGAGCGGAGCGGAGGGGAGGCGGGCCCACGCCUUUUCUUCGCGGGCCGCUUUGCUGCGGGGCAGCCUGUGAUUGGUGCGUGAAGCGGCUCGAAACACAACGGGGGAGAAAGUCGGAAGAGAUCCAUGGCUGCUCCCAAUCCAGAAAAAUCCCUCCAGGACGAAGCCACUUGUUCCAUCUGCCUGGAUUAUUUUCAGAACCCGACGAUGAUCAUAGAUUGUGGGCACAACUUCUGCGAAGCCUGCAUCGGCCAGUGUUGCGAAGGGCCCGUUUUGAACCAGUUUUCUUGCCCUCAAUGCAGGAAGCCCUUUUUUUGGCAAAACGUCCGGCCCAACAGGCACCUGUGGAAUAUUGUAGAACUUGCCAAGCAGUUCAGCCUGCGGCGGGCAAAUGAAGCGGGAGAGCGGAAGUUGUGCAAGAAGCACCAGGAACCCCUCAAACUCUUCUGCGAGCAGGAUCAGACCUCCAUCUGCCUGGUUUGUGAUCGAUCAAGGGUGCAUAAAAACCACACUGUUGUUCCUGUCGAAGAGGCUGCGCAGGUUUACCAGGAGAAAAUACACAACUGUUUGAAGACUCUGAAAGAAGAAAGAGGCAAGAUUUUGUCAUUCAAAUCAGAGUGGUCCAAGCCAAGUGAAGAUUUGCUGAAGGAAACAGAAGUUGAAAGGCAGAAGCUGGUGUCAGAAUUCCAGCAGCUGCGCCAGGUUCUUGAGAAGGAGGAGCAAACCCUUUUGACCCAACUUGAAAAGCUGCAGGCAGAUGCGAAGAAGAAGAUGGAGGAAGGCGAAGCUAAAUAUUCUGCAGAGAUUUCCCAUCUCACUGCCCUCAUUGGUGAGAUGGAGGAGAAGUGCCAGGAGCCUCCAGGUGGGCUGCUGCAGGAUAUUGGAUGCAUGUUCAAAAGGUGCCAGAGAGGCAAGUUUCAGUCUCCUGCUGUACCUGAUUCUUCAGAGCUAAAGAAAAGGCUUCAAAUAUUCUCCAGAGACAGUACAUCACUACAGGGGCAACUGAAAAAAAUCAGAGAGACACUAACUGAACCAAAGUGGAUAAAAGAGGAUAUGACAUUGGACGUCGCAACAGCUCAUCCACGAUUUGUUGUGUUUGAGGAUCGGAAAACUGUCGCAUGGGGCCCUGUUCGUGAGGAGCUGCCUUACGAUGCCAGAAGAUUUGACCCUUCCCGCUGUGUGCUUGGUUCGCGAGGGUUCACCUCAGGGAAGCAUCACUGGACAGUGGAUGUGGACCAGGGAACUUUCUGGGCCGUGGGUGUGGCCCGAGAGUCUGUGAAGAGGAAAGGACAAUUCACUAUAAUCCCCGCAGAGGGAAUCUGGGCUGUUGGACUGUCCAGUGGCCACUACAAAGCUCUGACUUCACCUCCUGUCAUUCUGAGCCAUUGCAAACCCAUGAGAAAGAUCCGGGUUUGUUUAGACUGUGAAGGAAAAACGGUGAUGUUUUUUGAUGCUGAAGAAAAGGAGGCCCCUGUUCUGUUCUCAUUCCCAAUUUCUGGAUCAGGAAAAUUUUUUCCUUUUUUCCGAGUCGGAGACAUGAACACCGUCCUUCGCCUGUGUUAAAGGUUCUAUUGCCCAUGGGGCCCGAUCUUUGAGCUCAGCGCCGCCCCUUCCAUGAAUGUAACAGAGCUCUCUUGCACAGUAUCCUGUGGACCUCUAGCUUUGCUAAUAGAUAGGAUACUUUUUGUGUGUCUUAACAAUGGGUUGAUUAGGUUUUUGAUGCAUUUUAAAAUGAAACUGAAGGUAAAGAACUGGCUAAUUUGUAGGGCUUGGAAAGAAUUCCUCUUUUUUUUUUUGGAAGAUGCUUCCUAGAAUACCUAAGCCAGCUUGACCAGUAGCCAAACUGGCUGAGGAAUUCUGGAAUCUGUAGUCCAAAAGUAACUUUUCUAAGGUUUCCUUAUUCUAUCUAUAUGAUGUUCACAUUUUCCAUUUGAUGCACUGUCCUUAAAAAGAUGGAUGGUGUUAGACUUCUAAUCAUUUUUUUAAAGAUUAAUUACCUUAACUGCUUAUAUGAUCUUUUAAAACAGCAACCAAAACAUAAGCUGUAAGACUACAGGAAACUAAAUUGGCUACCUUCUUUUAAAGUAGUAAAUCCAGUGUAUGUGUGUGUGUUGUUGUUUUUUUUUACUGACAAGAGGUUUUAUUGUCUUGUCUUACCCAUGGCUGAACCUCAUGUCAGUUUAGGAAGGUGUGUAUAUUACAACUUCUUUUAGAAAAUACAGAAAAAGGUGAUCAGAUGAGGAUCAGGGCACAGCUUCUAGACAUUUUGCUUUUAAAGAGGUAUGUAUGUAUCCAACAUUCAUAGGUAUCCGUUGUUCAUAGCCUGCCUUUGGAUAUUUGUAUCGCUAUAUAAUGGCUGUUGUCAGAUGCAGCGAGUAGUCAUGGCAGAGAGCAGUCAGCUUCAAAUGAAAAGGGGUACCUGUCAUUUUAGAAUAGCAAAUAUCAAUAUAAAUUAGAUCCACUUUGUUUUUAAUUGAGAGCGGUUUUGAAAGGAGCCUGACACAAGUUUGUACGUGCUUGGAAAUCUUUUAAAAUGCUUUUUUCCCCCUGUAGAGUAAAAUGUGAUCUGGGUUAACACAUUUAUUUCCAUGGCAUCAUCAGGGUUUGGUGUCGCUGAGCAUCGGCCAGGGACUCAGAAGACUGUAAGCCUGAUCCUGUUGUCCCAAAGUGGUCAUUCUCCCUCUCCUUUUCCUUGACGUAGUUCCCCUGCCAUUGUUGGUGCCAUCAGAGUUCUGGCUGUGGCUUGCUAGAGAUGGAGAUGAAUCACGACCAUCUUCAUCUCUAUGUGUUUGGAGCUUCUGCUUGGCCUUGCAUUUUUAGAAAGUCUAACACACAGGGCCCACGGCAGAGCCAGGCAAUGAUUCUGUGUCUCCUGGCCAGUGCCACAGCCACAGUGGAGGAGACGGGGAUACGUGAGUGACAACCGUAGUUUGACAAGGAACAGCCACUGCUCUACUGCUUUUGAAGGCACUGGCGAUGGGAUCAGGAACAGCGGCGUUUUAGGUUCUUGCUGCCACAGGCUGAGCAGCCCCCCCCCAUGCUUCACAGCCCACCAAACUCUCAUGCCACCCUGCUUGUUUUAAUAAUGUCACAUUUUCUUUUUAUACAUAUAUAUAAUCCUUGGAUGAAAAAGCACUAGACGAUAAGCAAAUGUUUAGACACUGGGUUGUCUGAAAAACCUGCUGCUGUACUACAUGUGAUUUUCAAAAACUAAUAAACGCUGACAACGUGUCCUUAUAAUGUUCACA